AUGGCCGGCGAGACGUCGAUCCCAAAGCCAAUGCUUCUGCCGCUGCUCCUCGAUCGGUCAUCCAUGGGCGAGGACGAUGCGGCGCCGCCCGUAUCGGAGCCGCCGGCGAGGGACUGGUCGCUGCUGCCCCUUGACACGCUAUCCUCGAUCUUCGUCAGGGUCGGCGCCGUCGACGUCCUCAUGGGCGCUGGCCUCGUGUGCCGCUCGUGGCUCGAGGCGGCGAAGUUGCCAGACGUGUGGCGAGCCGUGGUCAUGGAGAACCACGAUGUCGUGUUCCUAAAGGACGAACUUGUCCUGUGCGCAAUGGCGAAGGCGGCGGUCGACCGUUCCGACGGACAGCUUCGGGUGUUCGCUGGGAAUCAGUUCGUCAACAAUGUGCUCCUCAAGUACAUCUUGGAAAGGUCACCCUCGCUCGCUACCCUUCGGCUCGUAUCAUGCGUUGAAGUCUUCAGCACACGACUCAUCAAUGUGAUAAGAGAUGCACCUUUGCUGGAGCUGCGUUCCCUUGAACUCGACGACACUUUCAUCACCGUCGGAGAGCUGACCGCCGUCCUUGAGAGCUGUCCCCUCCUAGAGGUUCUUCGGGUGCACAAUUGCUUCGAGGUCUACGACGAGGACGAGCAGGUCCUGCGAGCGAAAUUCGCCCGGAUCAAGACCAUGACGCUCGGGUGUGAUGAUGAGUUCCGCUACGGUUCCGAUUACGAGAGCUACGACUCGCACCACGUUCCUGAUUUUGAAGAUGAGAGGACCGACUGGUCCUUAUGA